UAAUUUUACUUAAAAUAUAUCAUGCAAAUUAGAUUUUUUGUACGUCUAAAAAUAUAAUCGUUAUACAUGUAUAAUUUUAGAAAAAUACGCAAGGAAAAAACAAUAUUUUAAAGGAAGUGUGUCGAUAAACGUCAGAUUUAUGUUGUGUUUCCUUCCGGAGGAUAAUAGAGAAGGGACCCGGGCUGGAUUUUCUGGAGUUUGGAAGAAGACAUUUGUUUUGAGAGUUUUUCUCUGCGAGGCUUUUUCAACAACAUGGGUAACUUCAGAUUGUUUUUGAGAACAACACUGCUCCUCCUGGUAGUGGCGUUGUGUCCGGUGAGCUGUGAUAUAACGGACGGAAACACGGAGCAUCUGAAGAGAGAGCACUCCUUAAUGAAACCCUACCAAGGUGUCGGCAACAGUGCUAGUAGUCAGUGGGACUUCUGGGGAAGCACGCUGGUGACAAGCUCAUAUGUGCGACUCACUCCAGACGAGAGAAGCAAGCAGGGAUCCAUCUGGAAUACUGUGCCGUGUUACCUGAAGGACUGGGAGAUGCAUGUGCAGUUCAAAGUUCAUGGGUCAGGAAAGAAGAGUCUCCAUGGCGACGGCAUCGCUCUCUGGUACACAAAGGACAGACUGCAUCCAGGGCCUGUGUUUUCCAACAAUGCUCUCUUCCACGGGCUGGCUGUGUUUAUAGAUACUUACUCUAACGAUGAUGCAACAGAUCGUUCCUUCCCGUACAUUUCGGCCAUGGUGAACAACGGCUCGGUGAAUUACGACCACGGCAAAGACGGCCGAUCGUCGGAGCUGGGAGGCUGCUCGGCUGAGAUCAGGAACAGAGAGCACGACACGUACCUCGCCAUUCGCUACUCCAAAGGAAGACUCACUGUGAUGAUUGAUGUGGAGGACAAGAACGAGUGGAAGGAGUGCAUCGACAUCGGAGGUGUUCGUCUUCCUACCGGAUAUUUCUUUGGUGCCUCAGCAGCUACAGGAGAUCUGUCUGAUAACCAUGACAUCAUCUCUAUGAAGCUCUACCAGCUGAUGGUAGAACACACCCCCGAAGAGGAGAACUUGGACUGGACCAAGAUCGAGCCCAGCGUCAGCCUCCUCAAGUCCCCUAAAGACAACAUUGACGAUCCUACUGGAAACUUCCGAGGCACGCCCCUCACUGGCUGGAAGGUCUUCCUGCUCCUGCUGUGCGCUCUGCUGGGAAUCGUCGUGUGCGCUGUGGUGGGAGCUGUGGUUUUCCAGAAGAGACAGGAGAGGAACAAGAGGUUUUACUGAGCCUUAUCAGAGAUGUGUUUGUUGUGGAAUGAACUGUUUCCAGAUGACAGAUUGAGCACAUUCAAUGUGAAUUCUUUUUCUAAAGAUUGUACAAAUGUUUAUAUCUUUGAAGCACUGCGUUCGGAGAGAGAUAUGGUGACUUGUGAUGUUGGUAAGAAGGUGGAAAACUAUAGUGGCGACCAUUACGAGUGGCCCUGCUCAAUGCUGUUUUUGUUCUCCAUGUGUUCAUUAAUUGCAGGGUUAGAAUAGAGUGUUUCAGGUUCUUAAAAGAUUGUCUCUUUGCUGCAGAUGUGAUGCUUCAAAAUGGUGACGCCAGAUGGUAAUUUAGAUUUUUGUCUUCCAGGCUGUUUUACCUGAUUAUUUAUGGGAUUAAGAAAGCAGCUCCAAACACAGAGCAAAAAACGUCAGAUAAAAAAACAUUAUGAAGUCAUUGUGGCAACCACAGAAACGAUUCACGCCGGAUGACGCCUCAUUGAAUGUGAAUGCAGCUUUAGCCUGUGUGGAGUGUAGAGUUGUAUUAAUUGAUUUCACUUUCUGUUACUGUCGCUCUCAUUCUGACAUUUAGAAAAUACAAUUUUGCUUGUUAGCAGUUUAAAAUAAUUAAGAAUGAAUUGUGUUACAACACAUUCUCCACGUAUAUAUUCAGAAUGCAGUGGCUAUCUAGGAGGAUAAAUUAUGGACUGUAUGUUGUUUCUGUUUUAUUCUAAAUUGGCAAGAUAUGUGCAGAACAACCACCUGAGUCACAGCUCAGCAUCAAAGAUCACCUGUCAGUACUAUGAUGGCUUUGUCUUUGGAUUUUCUAUUAAUGGAGUUUGAUAGUUUUGUAGGUGGCGCUAUUGUUUGUUUUUUUAACUCUGUUCAUGCUGCAGUUUGUUUCUGAUAAUGUAAUAAUGUGAAACUUCAGUGUUUCACUCAGGCCACCUCGCCUGAAAUACAGACCACUAGGGCUGCAACUAACGGCGGUUUAAUCAGUCAAUUCAGUCAAUCAUUUGGCCCAGAAAAUGUCAGGAAAUUUAACUUAAUACCCAUCACAAUUUCUCAAAGCUCAAGUUGACAUAUAUUCAAAGUGCUUGUUUUGUGUAACUAACAAAGAAAUUAGUUGAAUCUCAUUGAAAACUUGAAAAUAUUCACCUUUUAGAAGCUGGAACUAAAUAAUUCAUUAUCAAAGUAGUUUUCAUAUACUUUUAUGAAAUUACCUUCAAGGAAAUAGAGAGGAGGCGCUACAUCACACAGCAAAUACCAUUGUACUUAAUGAGUGUGGCUGUUAUAGAUAGAGCAGCAAAUCUGCAUUGAUCUGAAAAUUGUCACUUUAAUCACUAUCUCUGGUGUGACGGCAGAAAUGGUAACAUUUUGCCUCAUGAUAUUAUACCGUUUAAAGUCUUACUAAAUACCACAACUUGUCCCUAAUUAUAUAUUACAGCAGGGUAAGGCCACUUGAAGAGCGUUCAGUACACAAGAGGAUGAAAAUUGAACAACCUCAAACCUUUAGACUGAAAUAGUUUGUCUCUUUUUUAUUUUCCUUGCAGGGUCUUUAGAGCAGCAUUUUUCAGCGUUUAAUCCAGAAUAUGCCUUUGUUAUCUUUCAGUUAAUGAUGCUAAAUUGUGACAAAAACUUCAAUUAAAUUCUUCAGUAUGAUGAAUAUUAGAAUCAUUAACUGCUACAUAAAACUAGUGAUUACAAAAAUGCACGCAGACGGUGCUAAUUAUAAAGCUUAGAGAGAUCGCUCCCAUCAGGCACAUUUAAGUUUUGUUUGUUUUGUUGUUGGUUUUCUUCCAGUUUCCAUUUCCAUAAUGUUCCCGUUUGAUUCUGUCUUUGCUUUGUUAACAAACACGCUAAAAGUAAAAUUCAUGAUUUGAUGACACACUUUCAUCACUGCUGAAAUGCAGAUUUAAGAAAAAAAAACUUGUUUUAACUUGACUCAGCGUUCUCAUCACUUCUCCUGGGUUCUUUAAACCGUUCUGUAUUUGUUUCUGCCACUUCAGUUGGUUUUAUGAUGGGACUUGAAACAGCUCCUCUCAGCAGAAAUAAUGUAUUAAAAUGAAGAAGAAACAGUUU